AUGUCCCUCCCGGUUCUGAUGUUCGGGAUCCCGAUUGUCGUGGACUUCUGGGUGCAGAGCUUACCGAUGCAUUUGCUUCCCGACCACAGCUUACUGGCGAAGGCAAAGGUCCUGGCAGACGAGUUCAACGUCUUCCAAGCGCUCAGCAUGGGGCUCCUGGUCGGUAUCGCCUUGAUUGGCUCGUUCUCUUUCAGUGGCGCGCGGUGGCCGUUUCAAGCCGUUGAUACUAUCAUUGUCCUCGGUGCAGUCACAACGCGCGUGUCGUUCGCCGUACGUGCCCGCUUCGUUUGUUUGCUCGGUGGGAACUUCUGGAACCCAAAGGUUGGGCUGACGAGCGUCGUGGCACACCAAAUUAUUGGCUGCAUCGACGACGCCCGGGCGAAGUCAUCGUCUCAGUCGGCAAAGGUUUUCUAUGCCAAGACAAAGGCCGGGAUCCUUAAGCAGAUUACGGGCUACUUCGUACUUGCCGGGGCGAACGCUUCCUCGGCAAUCGCUUUCACCUACACGGCGACCGGGCGGGCGACACCGAUCAUCCCCUUCAGCAUUGAUGUACGCGUGAGCCACAUACAAAGCUGCAGUUGGCACGAGUCCGAGGAGUGUGGGUGGGGAAACGGAUACGUGGUCGAGAGCUAG